AGUAGUAGUAGUGAACGUAGUGAUUUGUAUACUGUUAAUAAUUGCAACAACAAUUGCAGCGUAAGCCACAACGACCAAACCAAUACAAACAACAGCAACAACAAUAAUACACAAACUGACUCAAAUACACAAACACAUAGCGACAAUAAAGAUUGCACACACAACACAAAUACAAACAAGCCAUUAGAUUCCAAAGAAUCUCAACCGACAAUGACACGCGACAUUGUGAUGAAGAACAGUACCGCCAAAGUUGGUGGUAGUGGUAAUCGUUCGAGUGAUAGCGUCGUUUCCAAGCAGAAACAGAUCGAUAGGUUAGGCGUCCCUCAGAAGGAGGACUCCGGCACAGAGAGUGGUGAGGACUUGCGCCUCAUUGCGGCAGGUCUGCGUGAUAGUUUGCAACUACAAAGUGAUACAAAUUUGAUUGAAGAGGUCACAGCCGCUCUAACACGUCUAGAGCUGUCCUUGAAAGAGGGCAAGGAUAUACCAGUUGAUGGUAGUAAACGCGAGGCUCUGCUUGCGUUGGUCGCCCGCCUCCAAACGGGUCUCAGUUCACCCGACGCUGCACUGAGUCUGUCAAAUAUGGCCAACAAUGCGGGGGCAUAUGAUGAGGCCUCCUCGCCGGAGGCCGAUGGGCAACGUUCGAAUCGCCAACGUUUUGCACGUCGACGUAAUCGCAACAGUCGCCACACAGUCGGCGUAAGUCGGGAAGAAUUGGCCGACGCAAGACGUUACAUGGAAGAUAUGCAAAUGAUAGAGAAUAUAUCCAAUUGCACAACGCCUGAAAGCGGUUUGGCGGGCAAUCCUGUCACGCCGCCCCAGUGGUGUCCUAUCGAAAAAAAUCCGUCGUCGGGUGCGAUACUCACGGGCAACUCGUCUUCGGCACUAUACCGUCCAAAUCAGUUUGUACCUGCACAACUAAAGAACACAACGACAUGCCUUAAUAGCGAAAAACAAACAACUGAGCGAGAAAAGGAUACCUCAAAGAGCAAACGUCCGUUGUCGGGUAACUUUUCCGUCAGUUUCGAGCCAAAUUCUACCAAAAAUGAGACACAAACACAUUCGAAUGCACCGAAUGAAGAACCGACAGCGUCCCAUGUGAACGGCUAUGAUUCACCUGAUUCCAGUUUGAAAUCUAAUCGUUUCUCAAAUAAAAAACAACUUCUGAAGCGUGCAAAUACCAUCGAUAUACCGAAGUCCAAAAAAUACAAUCCCGACUUUGACACAGAUUCCGAGCCGGAGGACAAAGCUCCACAGCUGGGCUUAAAGCGUACACUUCAAGUGAAUGUUAAGCAAAAAGUUCGCAGCGUUAUACCACCAUUCGUACCAAAGACUGAAAACGAUCACAAAUUUCUAGCAUUCAUUAACAAACAAAGCGAUAAGCCAGGUCUCGGCUGGACUGGUUCGCGUUCAGUUUCUAACUGGACCAACAAAUUCGGAAACUUGAAGCACACCUUUGAAGUGGGCGCCGCAGCACAGGUUACAACCGGCAAACCACCGCAAGCGCCCGGUCACGUGCCACACAGCGCUGCCAAGAAUUACUGGCAGAAACAAGUAGCCGCACAGGACUACCAUCUGCAGCAACAGGAACAACAGCAAUAUCUACAAUACCAGCAACAGCAGCAACUGCUGCAACGCACUCAACAAGAGGCAAACGAACGUCAACGCCGCAAAGAGAGAGAGCGCCUUGAACGCGAACGUAUAGAAUGUGACCGUCUUGAGCGCCAGCGCUUAGAGCGUGAGCGGCAGGAGCGCGAUCGAAUCGAACGAGAGUACUACGAGAGGGAGAUUAUGGAGCGAGAACGUUUGGCUGCAGCACAGCAUGCCGCCAUGCCAAGCAUGUCGGUGCCAAAACCGGCGCCGGUCAAUCAAUUUCAGCAUGCCCCUCAGUCAGUUUUCCGGCCCAUUGACAACAACGACACCCUUAGUCAUAACAUUUUCAAACCUAUACCGCAACUGCCGCAAAAGUUGAAUACUUGGCAGCCACCAUCCAUUUCUAAUAAACCCCUCUCAGCACCAGCACAGAUAUCGCCUGCCUCACCGCAGUUCCAGUUCCUGACCACAAAACAGUCAGUGAAUGGCACACAGGUGACAUCACCUUCAUCCACCACCUCAUCGCCCAUAGGUUUGCCGUGGGUCGCUAGGCCCGCAGUAGACAAUAGCGAUUUCAGAAAGAAAGCGCAUACCUUCGAGGAACGUUCCCAAAAUGAUAAUCGUCAAAAUUCAUAUUUGCAGAGGCAUCAUUCGCUGCGUUCGUCAAAGGUUAGCCAACAACCACCAAUGGACGAGUACAAGAAAAGACCCUCACUGCCCAGCACCGCUGAUCCAUAUAUGGCCGCACACAGUCAGUAUACACCAUCACAGCUGUCACAAGCCUACGGCUCCACAUCUGACACUUACGGUCCGCCGCCACCACCAACCAAUAUCUCAUUUACGUAUGCCGACAUAGCGCGCAACAGCAACUACAAAAGCUAUCCCUGCUUACCAUCAGCUGUUGAGACUUCAAUAACUGCGGACUAUGUGCGGCAGCGCGAAAGUUCCUUAACCGAUCCGAAUGCGACACCAUUGGUGCUCACCAGUUCCAAUCCAACAUACCAGCCGCCUGGAGAUACUCGCGCCUACUACAACAAUAUUCCUAGAGCAAAGCAAUUCGAUUAUGUCAGCCCUAUGGAAAGCGCGCCAACAAGUCCCAGUAUCCUAACUAUGCAGCAAACGGAUUACACCGACGAUGAUCUGGACUCAGAUAAUUUGUUGGAAUACCGCGCCGAAACUCGGGUGAUGGGAAAGCCCCAAAGUCAAACCGCUGUAACAAUACGCGACAGACGUACAGCGCAUGCCAGCGAUGAUGAAGUCUUCGGCAAGAACUCACGCAAUGCGCGAAACCUUCUGCAUGCAAUGAGAAAUAUCGGUAAAAAUGGAAAUGGUGGAGCGAAAGUGAAGAAGGAGGUUGUGAGGAAAGUGGAAUCGCCAAAGACUUGUCUAUCGCCGGAUGGUCGUGCAUAUCAAGCGCCAAUCGUUGAACCUUUGUUCCCAGAACUCACCAAAUUUGAGCCCAACCGCACGCCAGAGUACAUUGAGAGCACUAUUAAGGCUCCGGUUCAAGCUAACCCGAAAAAAUUACGUGCUAAAACGCCACCAAUGCCCAGCCAGCACAUCGAUCGCAGUUUGCAAUUGGCACGUGCUGAGGAGAAAUAUCGGGCGGAACAGCAGAAGUAUGCGGAACAGGUUAAUAAUACAAGUGUAAAUAAUACGCGGAAAGAAGAGCAACAAAUGCAAUACCAGCAGGUUAGCGUCGUAUCCAGCGCUUCUUCAGCAAAAUCGCUGCCCUACGUAAGUGAGACCCAAACUGCCUAUGUAGUCACAUAUCCGACAGAGGAUAUUUAUGAGAACGGCUAUGGGAAACAACAUCCAAAUUCAUUGCCAUUGCAGCGAAACCGCAAUGUAUCUGAAAAUUCGUCCGCCAGUUCAUCAGUGUCACACAACUUACCUUCACCCGGCACAAAUUGGACUCCCAAUCCCAUACAUUCGGUGGUGGAAGUUAAGCCACAACACAAGUCCCAAAACUCUAUUGGCAGUAACAGUGAAUCACAAAAUAUGUACCAAACACAAACUCGGGCGCCCCCACAGAUGCAAAGCUAUAACAAUGUGCAAAGCAUGCCACAACCGAAGCCAAAUGUAGCACCCAAAUCUGCGGUAACAACCGCGCACUAUAUACCCCCGCCGCAAUCCGAGCCUGCCUAUCAACAACAAUAUACUCAACCACCUAACCAGAAGCCGCUGGCUCCACCACAAGUACAGUCCAAAUUACCACAACAAGAAAGAGAAUAUCAACCUCCAGUACAAGCUACAUCUCCGCAAGUAAAAAGUGUGCCUAAAUUGACGACAAGAAGUCAGGUAACGACUUCUACAUGGCAGACUAAAUCCUUUGAACAGCACACUCAGCCACAGCAGAUAUCGCUCCCAAGGCAACGAACCUUCGACCCAGCGAUAAGUCCACUGCAAGCCCAAAAUCGCGUACUGUCGCAGCAAUCAUUGGUCGCUAGCAAGCAGCGUAAGUUCGAACAGCAUGAGCAAGAACAACAACAGUCGACGGAAACUCGACGCAAGAGUCUUGGUAAUGUUUUCGAUAUUCAACAAGAAAAAAGAAAAGCGGCUUAUAUGUUGGACACGAAAACCGUGGUUAAGCAGGAGUACAAGUCAUCGGCUCCACCUGAUACGCCAGAUAUCGUCAAGUCAUCACUGCCCAAAGAGGAUAUGCCCAUACUGAAAAAGUUUGGUCCACCACAACGUCAUCAUUAUAUGCCCAAUUCUUAUCAGAGUCCCGUGACCAAUACACAAACGCAACAAAAGUUCGAGAGCAGCAGCACGAAGGUCACAAAGAGUAGGCACCACGAAAUUGUGCAACAUUCAACAUUGACCAAGAAACCUUCUAUUGUGGAAAUACCAGCCACUCCACAGCCAGACGAAGAUCUCAUACCGCGCAACAUUGUCUUCAACAACAUCAGCGCAUUCACAUCAAUGUCGCGUCGCCAGGAGGAUAAUGAGCAAACACAUUUUGAUGCGCAUCCUCCUCGCACGAAUCGCUUGAGCAAGAGCGAUUCGUGGAACCAAAUAGUACAACUACAAAAUCAAGCGAAUGCACAGCUGCCACCUACCUCGCCAAAAUUCGGCAGCAGCGCCAACGGCGGUGGCGAAUUGCGUCGCACCAAGUCUGGGCAUACGUUGAAUGUGCGCAUGUAUGAGGCGGGCAUCGAUAAGGCACAAAUUGGUGAGAAGAAACGCACCGUUGAGGCAUAUUUUUCGGGCAAAAGAUCACCAAACCAAUUUGGAGAAGAAUCAGUUGAAAUGAGGACUGCCACAACCACAACAGCAACAACGUCGGCCGCCAAUACAGGAGGUGCCAAGAAAUCGACAAUCAAUCGGCACAAGACCAGCGAAAAGAUUUCGGCGAGUCGCAAAUCGCUGACCACAAUGACGAGCAAUGGUGUGCCUUCAGCAGGAACAACUGUGUUGGGGGGUGGGUUGACACGAAGCGCAACAAUGCCGCAUAUUGCGAAUUUGAAUCUACUUGACGAGAGCAACGUUGAAGACGCCUUCGAGCAGCUAAUGAUGGGCUCGUAGCAACAAGCUACAUCGACCACUGAGAAAACGGAAACAAAGGAAAAAGAUGGUGCCGUUGUGACAACUACAACUAAAGUUACAACACGCACUGUAAGUGGCGCUGGCAGCUCUGCAUCGAAGCCAGCUUCGCCGUUUGCGAAAUUCCAUCAGCUGGACAAACAAAACUCUCAGCAAUCGCCAAAAUCACCGUCAACACCCACCACUCCCGGGGGCACAGCCUCACCUUCCGGUUCCGCACGCAUAUUCCAAUUUACUGAUCCGGCAUUAAAUGCACGCGCCGCCACUGUUAAGGAACAACUUCUGCAGUGGUGCCAAUCGAAAACGCAGGAAUAUGAGAACGUCCAAAUAACUAACUUUAGUGCCAGCUGGUCAGAUGGUUUAGCAUUUUGUGCUCUAAUACAUCAUUUCUUGCCAGAUUCCUUCGAUUAUAGUAAAUUAACACCAAAAAGCCGAAGACAUAAUUUUGAAUUAGCUUUCACUGUGGCCGAUGAGAAAGCUGGCAUAGCGCCACUACUCGAUGUCGAGGAUAUGGUAGAGAUGAAACGACCCGAUUGGAAAUGCGUUUUCAUAUACGUACAGAGCAUCUACCGUCGUUUCCGUAAUUGCCAAUAAAAUCGGGAAAAACCACAAAUUAAAUAAUCUUCUGACAUCAUCUUGGCUUGCGGUCAUCAGCAAAAAAAAAAAAUGAAAAAUAUUUAUUGAAAAAUAACUAUUGGUGUAUACUAAUCCUUCAUUGCCAUGAAACCGAUCUUAAAAAACGGUUCUACAUAUUUGCCAAAUUUUUUUUGUUAAUUAUGAAUACAAUGGUAUUGGGCACUGGGAUGAACGAUUUCAUGUUCUAUGUACUACUCUGCUAACUCUUGAAAAAAUAUUAAAACAUAAUUCAUAAACGUAUGAAGAAAUUUUAACAAAACUACGAAAAUCUAGUACGUAUUUGUAAUUAAAUAUAUUUAUUAUUGCAUAUAAAAAAAAAACAUAACAUUUUGUGUAUUGGUUUCCUAAAUCUUGAGCAA